ACCCUAUAUUCCUAACUUACAUUCUUUUGUUUUCAGAAUUAGUGACUUCCCAGUCUCCUGUUAUUUCUUAGUGGUGCUACUCUGCUCCGCUCAUGUCAGAAGUAAAGAGGUAAUGACAGAUAUCGAAGCUUUGUCUGGCAAACCGACUCAUUGCACAUACGAAUAUGCAUACGAUAUGUAUGGAGCAUAUUGCGCUGGCCUUCGACUAACGAAAGUACCAAGCCUGAGAAGUGGAAUCGAGAUUCUAGAUUUCAGCGACAACAAACUACAAGAACUUCAUUCAGACACUUUGUCUAGUUACACCAGUAUAAAGUUCCUGUACCUAGCAGAAAAUCAAAUCUACUCUAUUGAUGAAGAUGCUCUCACAUCAUUUACAAGUCUACUAACAUUAGAUCUCUCGAAUAACGUUAUUUUACAACUACCUAACUCAAUAUUCCAAUUACCAUCUCUUCGUAAACUUUAUUAAAAUCCUCUUGUGCAUCUGAGAUUAAAUGAUUUAAUGAUAACGCGGCCGAUAAAAGCUCCAUUGGAGCUGCUAGACAUAUCUGAUUGCAAAAUAAAAGAGUUACCACAGUGGGGACCACUUCCUCAGUUGAUUUUCUACAAUAUCUCCCAUAAUCCACUCACAACUUUAGAUGCAGAUCAUUUUGCUGCGAUGUGCAAUUUAGCAAAAGUGGACUUGACUGAAUCAAUAAACGAUUUUAAACUGUGCAAUUUAAAACCAACAGUUUCUUGGUUUCAAGAAAAAGGCGUUUUUUUCCAGUUGCAAGACUAUACUAAACUAAAUUCAAUUGACUUUCAAAAUUGUCCUCAAGUGAACAACUCGGUCAUGUACAACGCAACAUAUCACCGAUGCAAAGCAGAUUAUUUGGAGGUGCAAAAUAUCAAGGCAUCCCGUCGCACUUGGCUAACGAUCGGAGGUGGAUUGGCAGGGUUCCUAGUUGGAUUCAUCCUCCUUCUAUACAUAAUGCAUCGCCACAACGUCUCACAAAUCAAAAAUGCAUCAAAAGUGAAGAAAGUCAGACCGGCUGCUGAUGGUGACAAACAAACAACAGCUAUACUUCUUAACGAUGUAUCGCAAUAAAAUAAAUUCCUGUUAAACUACGAGAUCUGGAACUAUGUGGGUAUAGAUAGAUACUGCCGAAUAGAAUAAGUACUAGUUACUUAAUUAGAACGUCUCGUAUUCCCAUUAUUACAACUGCGGAUUGUUUGUAACCUGUAGCCGUAUGAAAAUGAUUUUGAUCUUUAAAAUAUACAACUAGACUGAUAACACAGUAACGUAAAAUUCAUUGGCUUCAUAAUUUCGACGAUAGGACCAAUCUAAUAGAUAAAUAGUACAUAUCUAGUAGUUUUGUCAAACAUAUAUCUACUGGCUAUCUAGUAGUUAAAGGUAUCUACAUAAGAUAUGUGGUGCAAUUUUUUUUUUUUGUUGAUUAUGAUUUAUUUAAUAUAUUAAGAACUUUAUUAAAUUGGCUGCUAAACAUAACAGCAAUAAAAAUCAUAAUUUUAAAAUA